AUGUUCUUCGUCCACUCGCUUUCAAAAAUUGAGUCCUUUGUCCUCUUGUUCAUGGCCUUUGACCGCUUCAUCGCAAUUUGUAACCCACUGAGGUUCACCUCCAUCUUAACUCCACCGAGAAUAUCAAAGAUGGGCCUGGUGGCUGUGGUAAGAUCGGUGGCCCUAAUACUCCCACUCCCCAUUCUCCUGAAAUGGUUCCGAUACUGUCGAGACAAUGUCCUCACCCAUUCCUACUGCCUGCACCAGGACAUCAUGAAGGCGGCUUGUUCAGACACCUCAGUGAACAGCAUCUAUGGCUUGUUUGUUAAAGACAUCACGGUUGGGUUGGACUCGUUCCUCAUCUUCCUCUCUUAUGUGAUGAUCCUCAAAACAGUGCUGAGUAUCACAUCCCACAGAGAGUGCCUCAGGGCCCUGAACACCUGUGUCUCCCAUCUCUGCGCUGUCCUGCUCUUCUACAUAUCAGACAUUGGCCUGUCUUUGAUACACAGAUUUGGAAAUAGCUCUACUCACUUGCUUCAGAUUAUCCUGGGCUACAUCUACCUGCUGGUCCCGCCCCUGAUGAACCCAAUUGUGUACAGUGUGAAAAGCAAAUACCUGCGUGAGAGGAUAAUCAGGGCAUUUGUCAAGUGA